AUGUACAACCCGCCGACAUUACUUGGCCUGCCCCUGGAACUGCGCAUGGAAAUCUACACCUACCUGCUGACGUUCCAAGAGCCGGCCAAGCCCUCGUCCCCCGGCAGUGGAUCUCGCACCCCGGAGCGCCGGCCGGCGCCGCUGCACCCGCAGAUCCUGCGGGUCUGCGCCCAGACGUACGCCGAGGCGCACGCGCUGCUGUACCGGCUCAACACGUUCCAGGCGCACCCGUCGCUGCUGGCCUCGUUCCCGCGGCUGCGGGCGUGGCACGACCCCGUGGCCGCGGCCGCCAUGGUGCCCCUGAUCCGGCGGUUCAGGGUGCGGGUGCGGCUCGACAUCGACGCCCCCUUCACCCGCGAGGAGGCGACGCGCGCCUUCAGCGGCAUGGAGCUGGUCGAGAUCGAGGUGUGGCAGGCCGUGUACCGCGGGGCCGGCCGGGAGGUCCUGUCGCGGUUCGAGGACGUCCGCGGCGUGCGGACGGCCAAGGUCACCGGCAGCCUCUCCGGGUUCGAGGAGUACGCCGGCUGGCUCGAGCAGGAGAUGAUGAAGGGGACGGGCGAGGACAAGGGCGAGAGAUAUCACGGCGUUGACGAGCACGCGCAUGUGGCAACGGCACUGGAUGUUGUCAGCUGGGGGAUUGACCAGGAGGUGUAA